AUGGCGUCAAAACAGCCAUCAACAUAUGAUGAUAUCGUCAAACAACACGUCGCGCUCACAUCAAGGUUCUUCUUGGGGAAGUUUGAGAAGGAGUUCCCUGGACCGCAGCCGUCCCUGAUGCAAAGGCGUCAGUACAUGUAUGCCUUUUGCAACUGGUACCGCUGUCGCAAAGAGUUCGAAGCCGAGAAGGACGAGCUUCAUGCAACGGCCCAAAGAACAAUUGCCCAAAGGCUGAUCGAAAAGCACCAGACCAAACGGAUCCCAACCUCGUCGUUCGAAUGGAACGUCGACAGGCUUUUCUGGGCUUCCUGGUUCGGUGUGCUGCCCGAGGAGGAGAUACCCCCCUGGCCAUUCAAGAGUCCCAAGGUUGAAGAGGGAGAGGGGUUAUCUGCCGCGUUCGCAUCACUCAAAUCAGAGUACGAUCUCAACGGUCCCUUGAUUGGUAAGGAGGAGGAAGAGAAUGCUGCCGAGGCUCUUAAAAGGGCUAGGGAGACCGCGGCUCUCCAAAAGGCUAAGGAAUCCAGCUCUCCGACUGCACCAGCUCAUGGCAAUAUCGUCACUCCUAUGUCUGUCAGUGGUCAAGAAAACAUUCCAUCCCACCCUCGACCCAACGCUGAACUCCCUCACACCCCAGCGCAACUCCCGAUCAUGGAUAGAGAGGAUCUUCGGAAGACGCUGAGCUUUACGCAGACUAAGCUCGAACUCUCUUAUCGUCUUCGCGCACAUCCUUCGCUCAACCUUGACAUCCCAUCCUUUGAGACUAGUGGUGUUGACUGCUUAGUUAACCUCAUCCGACACACCAACGCCCUUUUCAACAACAAAAGCUCGGAACAGAGAGAAGAGGGAAAUGCUCUGUUGACCUAUGCCUGGCAGGCAUUCUUUCCCCGUGAAGUCGACGAAGAGUUGACAAGCCAUCGCAUUGCUCUCAAGAGAGGAGUGCUCGAGCACCUCAAGGAUCGUAUCUCUGGCACGCUCACAUUCGAGGAUUGCUGCAACAGCGAUCUCAUGAACAAGACCCUACGACAGCGAGCUAUUGCCAGUCUCAUCGAAUAUGACUGUCGUCAAAACCCCAACUUGUCACUUCAACGUGCGGCCGAUCAGCAUUGCGCACUUCAAAAGACCAAGGACUUCUUGGUCCUCAAAGAACCUGACUUCGCUCGCGUUCUUUAUCAUUCGCAUGCCGAAAACCCCAAACCCUUCAGUGAUCUAUUAGAAUUCGACUUGGUUGUACCCGAUGAGAGGGCAGCCGUCUAUAACGGAUCCUCCUGUCCUUUCUCUUUGAUUUCUGUUGUGCGAAUGAGAGACACAAUUCACGAGAGGGACUACAUGCGAAUCUACGAUGACGGUGGAAUUCCGGUCAUGCAGAUUGAAAGCGCAACACAAACCCCACCAAUCCAUUCCUUGUCUUCGAAAGGAGGUCAUUCUUACCUGCUGGUCUUUGGUAUGGGGCCGGAGGAGGGAGGCAAUGCCAAGGAGUUUCUAUAA